AUGCCUCCUCCACCGGCGAAGUCGACUGGACAUGCGAAAGAUGCGAAAACAUCCGUACCAGCAAAACAUGGCGCCUCUCCAGGACUGUCCAGUUCUACAACCGUCCUCGCUAAACGACCGUCCACCGCUUCCACAACCGUCCCCAUUGUCAAGGCGAAGGAGAACUUGAACCCGCCGCUCUUCACGUACGCGCCCGAAAUCAAUAUACCUGCACGGAAGGCAGAUCAAAAUAUCGCAUCUUACCUGUGGGCAGCUGGUCGCGGCUACCUGAGCUUUUACAAAACCGGCAUCUCACACGUACGGCAAACGGCGAAACUCGCAAAGCAACUGCGCGAGAAGGCAGCAAAGUCCUCGGGUCAGGACAUGAGUGAAGUCCUCACUCGCGCAGAAUGGCAGAUUGUCCUACGAAGCAAAAAGGAUGUACGGCGGUUGCCGGCAUUUGCUGCAUUGAUGCUGUGCAUGGGCGAAUGGACACCUCUCAUAGUCAUCUACCUCACCCCUGUGAUUCCGGAGGCAUGUCGGAUUCCGAGCCAAGUCCAGAGAACGUUGGGCAAAAUCGAGAAAAUACGGCAGGAGCGACUGAGGAGAGUCACGCUGGAUUCCACGCGUCUCAUGAUGAAAGACCGACGCGCCGGCGGUACUCUACCUACAACUUCUGAAUCCACCGACUUCAAGAAGAACGCUCAAGUCAUGCCAGGCGCAGCGGUUGCCAAUUUCAACCUGGAGUCAAUGUCGCCCUUCGAGCUUCUACUCACGUCUGCGCAGUACAAUUGUCAUUCGCGCAUCUUCGACUGGCUCUACCUCACUCCUCCGAAAUGGCUACUGCAAAGGAACGUCGGACAGCGGCUGGGCUAUUUGUGGAAAGACGACGCGUUGAUCGAGAGAGACGGCGGAUGGGCCGCGCUGAACAAAGUGGAGGUAGAACGCGCUUGUGUAGAGAGGGGAAUCAACGUGCUUGGCAAGAGGGAAGAUGAGCUGCGGAAAGCGCUAGUUGUGCAAUGGAAGGGCGGGAAUGCCUGA